ACGAAUGUAAUAACAAUAAAGAUGAUAAAGACAAAUAUAAUAAAGAUGAUAAAGAUGAAUAUAAUAAAGAUAAUAAAGAUGAAUAUAAUAAAGUUAAAGCCAAUAGAGAUGAAGCUGAUAAAGAUAAAGAUGUUUUCUCCUCUAUUGUAAUGGAUAAUAAAGCAUUGGUUAAUAACCUCAUUUCAGAUAAAGAUGUAAAAAUUGUAGAACGAUAUGAACCAGACACUAUAGAUAUUAAAAAGUUUGAGGAUGAAGUAAAAAUUAUUGAAUAUAAUAUACCUAAUGUUAUAUAUCUGCUUUUUGAUGAAGUUGAACAG